AGCUACAUAUGUCUCUCGUUUCUUCACUAAUUGUUCUCUAGAAAAGGGAAAGUGAAGAAGAGAACGAGAAAAGAAAACAGGGAAGAAAAGAGCAUAGAGAAGGAGAGAGGAAAAGUGGGGAGAGAAGGGAAGAAAAGGAGCGAGAAAACGCAGGAGCCCUGGUUUGCCGAUGAGCAGACCCGGCGCAGCCACAGCGCGGAGCUGCGGCGCCCACUGGUCCUUGGAGCUGCCAAUCGGCGUGUAAUCCUGUAGGAAUUUCUCCCGGGUUUAUCUGGGAGUCACACUGCCGCCUCCUCUCCCCAAUAGCCCAGGGGAGCCCGGAGAAGCAGGCUCGGGAGGGAGGGAGGGAGGGAGGGAGCCGGAGGAAAAGAAGAGGAGGAGAAGGGAGGAGAAGGAGGAGGACCCGGGGAGGGAGGCGCGGCGCGGGAGGAGGAGGGGCGCAGCCGCGGAGCCAGUGGCCCGGCUCGGACGCACUGCUCUCCAGAUACUCCCGGAGCUCCAGCCGCGCGGAUCGUGCGCUCCCGCCGCUCUGCCCCCAAACUUCUGCCGCAGCUCCCUUUCAAGCCAGCGAAUUUAUUCCUUAAAACCAGAAACUGAACCUCGGCACGGGAAAGGAGUCCGCGGAGGAGCAAAACCACAGCAGAGCAAGAAGAGCUUCAGAGAGCAGCCUGCCAGAGCACCAACUCCGUGUCGGGAGUGCAGAAACCAACAAGUGAGAGGGCGCCGCGUUCCCGGGGCGCAGCUGCGGGCGGCGGGAGCAGGCGCAGGAGGAGGAAGCGAGCGCCCCCGAGCCCGAGUCCCCGAGCCCGAGCCGCAGUCGCUGCGGCUACUCUGCUGCCGAUUCCUGUGCGCGGGCUGCGCCGAGCGCUGGGCAGGAGGCUUCGUUUCGCUCUGGUUGCAAGCGGCUGCUGCGAGCAGCCGGUCCCUGGGGAAUAUGCGGCGCGCGUGGAUCCUGCUCACCUUGGGCUUGGUGGCCUGCGUGUCGGCGGAGUCGAGAGCAGAGCUGACAUCCGAUAAAGACAUGUACCUUGACAACAGCUCCAUUGAAGAAGCUUCAGGAGUGUAUCCUAUUGAUGACGACGACUAUGCUUCUGCAUCUGGCUCGGGAGCUGAUGAGGAUGUAGAGAGUCCAGAGCUGACAACAUCUCGACCACUUCCAAAGAUACCGUUCACUAGUGCUGCUCCAAAAGUGGAAACCACGACGCUGAAUAUACAGAACAAGAUACCUGCUCAGACAAAGUCACCUGAAGAAACUGAUAAAGAGAAAGUUCACCUCUCUGACUCAGAAAGGAAAAUAGACCCAUCUGAAGAGGAUACAAAUGUGUAUACUGAGAAACACUCAGACAGUCUGUUUAAACGGACAGAAGUCCUAGCAGCUGUCAUUGCUGGUGGAGUUAUUGGCUUUCUCUUUGCAAUUUUUCUUAUCCUGCUGUUGGUGUAUCGCAUGAGAAAGAAGGAUGAAGGAAGCUAUGACCUUGGAGAACGCAAACCAUCCAGUGCUGCUUAUCAGAAGGCACCUACUAAGGAGUUUUAUGCAUAAAACUCCAACUUAGUGUCUCUAUUUAUGAGAUCACUGAACUUUUCAAAAUAAAGCUUUUGCAUAGAAUAAUGAAGAUCUUUGUUUUUUGUUUUUUUCAUUAAAGAGCCAUUCUGGCACUUUAAUGAUAAAAUCCCAUUGUAUUUAAAACAUUUCAUGUAUUUCUUUAGAACAACAUAAAAUUAAAAUUUAACAUCUGCAGUGUUCUGUGAAUAGCAGUGGCAAAAUAUUAUGUUAUGAAAACUCUCGAUGUUCAUGGAAUUGGUUUAAACUUUUAUGCGCAAAUACAAAAUGAUUGUCUUUUUCCUAUGACUCAAAGAUGAAAGCUGUUUCAUUUGUGUCAGCAUGUCUCAGAUUGACCUUACCAAGUUGGUCUUUCUUUGUUAAUUUAUCUGUUGUCGCCCUCCUCUCCUCUGCCCUCCCUUCUUGUGCCCUUAAAACCAAACCCUAUGCCUUUUGUAGCUGUCAUGGUGCAAUUUGUCUUUGGAAAAUUCAGAUAAUGGUAAUUUAGUGUAUAUGUGAUUUUCAAAUAUGUAAACUUUAACUUCCACUUUGUAUAAAUUUUUAAGUGUCAGACUAUCCAUUUUACACUUGCUUUAUUUUUCAUUACCUGUAGCUUUGGGCAGAUUUGCAACAGCAAAUUAAUGUGUAAAAUUGGAUUAUUACUACAAAACUGUUUAGUCAUAUCUAUCUAAUCAUAUCUUCUUUUGGGAGGAUUUGAUGUAAGUUACUGACAAGCCUCAGCAAACCCAAAGAUGCUAACAGUAUUUUAAGAAGUUGCUGCAGAUUCCUUUGGCCACUGUAUUUGUUAAUUUCUUGCAAUUUGAAGGUACGAGUAGAGGUUUAAAGAAAAAUAAGUUUUUGUUCUUAAAAAUGCAUUUAAGUUGUAAACGUCUUUUUAAGCCUUUGAAGUGCCUCUGAUUCUAUGUAACUUGUUGCAGACUGGUGUUAAUGAGUAUAUAUAACAGUUUAAAAAAAAGUUGGUAUUUUAUAAGCACAGACAAUUCUAAUGGUAACUUUUGUAGUCUUAUGAAUAGACAUAAAUUGUAAUUUGGGAACAUAAAAACUACUGAAUAAAUCAUGUGGCCUAAUAUUGAAAAUGUCACUGUUAUAAAUUGUGUACAUUUUUGAUCAAAUGUACAUCUCCCCUUUGCUAACGGCCGUCUGCUCUCAAGGAUGACGUGGGUUUGAUUGCUAAGUGUUCCACAGUGUCUGUAAAUCAAGACCAAAGAGCCUGUCGAUGAGACUGUUUAUUACUGAAUUGGCCAGAGGAAAUCUGAAUGUAUUAUCCUGUGUGUGUCUAGGUAGAGAUAUUGGAAGGCUGCCAGGGAAUUUCGAAGUUUGCAACCUUUAUUGAAUAGCUGAUGGCAAUAUUAAGACAGACGCCUGCUUUUGCAAAUAACUUCUAAGACUCUAAAUUCCAAAGAUCUGAAGGGGGCUUUCCUGAUGUUGGUAUCUAAGGCUUAGGCCUAUAAAUUGAUUUACCUUUGCAACUGUGCUUCAAGUGUCUACUGAAGCUUAACCGAAGAACUAAUAAAUGGACUACAAUAGCUCACGUUACAGGGAAGGAGGGUAGGCAAGGAGGCUCUGUGUGUUAAAAUGAGGGCCUCACUGCUUUAGGAUUGAGUGGCUGGAAAGAGUGAUGCCUGGGGGAGGAGAUGGAGGUAUGAGGGUACCCUGGCUGGUACUUUCUGUACUAAACAUUUCCUUUUUCUAUUUUACCAUUAAUUUUGUUUUAAACUGUGAGCCGUCCAAGUAGGAAGACAGCAAAAAAAAGCAACUUUUCCAACAUACAAUUUACUUUUAAUAAAGUAUGAAUACUUCAUUUUGAGAGCAUUCCCUGGAAUUGCCACAGAAUUCAUUAGAAACAUUUUUUAAGCAACACUUGGAACAGUGUUUACUUAAAUCCUUAAUGGCCUUAAUUAAUUCUCAAAUUCCUGCCCCAUCAUGUACAGAAUCAAUUCACUUCAGAGUGACUAAAAGGAAACAGUGCUUUCUAAAGCCACGCAGUGUCCCUCAAUUACAGAGGGUAGGAACGGUUAUACCUCUAACUGUGCAAAGCAGAGUGAAAUUCAAUUCAUAGAAUAACAACUGCUUGGAAUAUCCGUGCCAGGAAAAGAAAAAUUUCUGGCAAAUAUUUUGUCACUGCUGUAAAGCAAAAUAUUUGUGAAAGUGCCAAAAUAAAGUCUGUCAUGCCAAAAGUAAA